AUGAAGGUUAAUGAUGUGUUUACCUCUGCUGGCUAUGACAUGGUCGUAGCUGUUACGCAGAAAUCGAUCAACGACCAACUCAAUCACUUGGCAAAUCCUGACAUAGGGACGAUUAAGACAACACUUGUCAUCGAGAUGGGAGCAGAUCCCAAUAAUGCGGACCAAUGGCUGCCUGUCGUCCACGAAGACUGGACCAGUGUCCCCAGGGACACCAACGGACUUCCGGUCAACCCUUCGAUGAAUGCAGUCUACCAUCCCACUAUCGAAAUCGACAAGAGCGGAACGGUCGUUAACCUCGUCCUUUCUUUCAAAUCAGGUAAUCUCUACACACGGAGUCUCAGAACUGGAAACAUGCAGAAGGGAGUGGACAUGACAAAAUGGGCAGCCCCAGCGGAGAUGAUUCAGCAACUUAACAAUUUCUUGGACAACCAAUUCAGUGUUUCGCAGCUUUUCGUGAACUUUGAAUCAACUAACCUUCUACGAUUUGAUCCUUCCGUGACAAGCGUCGGCAACAGUGGGCCUCAAGCAAUGGAAAUGUUUACCUACUUCAUGUCCUCCUACCUCGGCGCUAUUCAGGCCAAUUCGAAUGCAAAUCCUUAUAUCCUUGGCUACGCAGUCACUCAAACACCGCAGACCGUCAACCCUGCUGACGCCCAGAUAAGUGACAGCAUGAAACCUGUCGGCUGUACUUUCACAUUGUACAAGGAUGAUGAUCCAAAUAAGAGCACUGUCAACUUCAUUCUCAACACAAAGCUUAGCGGGGGGAAGAACGGUCCUGGAAAGCACAGCACGCCUGGCAACUUCGAUUACAAUCCGAUUGCCACCACUGAGCAAUGCGAUGGCAAGAUGAUAUAUUCUUCCUUCUGCCUGCUAGAAUCGGUCAUUUUGAAAAAUUUCUACCAGACCUAUGCGGACCAGACCCACAGUCUUGUUAAAGAUCACUUAACCCUCUCCUCAAACAACGACUACGACUACGACAAGGCCAAAAUUAUCAAGAAAGAUGCCAAUGGUAACCAAAUUGGGCUUUCGUACAAGGUCUACUAUACGAGUGGCACUGACGACGACUUCCAAAACUCCUUUGAUGUACACUGGUCUCCAACGAGCACUGGGGUUUUGAUAGACCUUCUCGGCUCCAUUCAUAUCAAGAAGACCAACAACACUGACGUGGGUGCUGGUAACACGGCCACUUCGUGGGUCAGCAUGGACCAGACCUGGUCAUCUACGAUCACUCUGGACUGCACUAUUGACAGCGCGACUAACAAACCAACCAUCAAAGCUUCCACUCCUGUUAUCACUAUAACUUCGUCCAAUAAUGAUAAUUACCAGAAUGGCUGGGCGAAAUUCUUGGGAGGACUUGGUAUCGUGCUGGGUGGCCUUCUUGACGCGAUCACUGCUGGUAAAUUCAACUUGGAGAACACGUUUAGCGACAAUUGGGGGGCUCAUGUGGAUGGAAUACCUCAAGUUAAUGUUACCAUGGAUCACCUUUUCGAUGCGACUCACAACUCUUUUAUGCUCCCAGCUGGAGAUGUUUUUUAUUUCAAGGAAAAUUUUUUUUCGCAAGAAAACGUUGACAUCAGUGUCUCUUGCGAAUUGAUGAGUAAUUCUCAAGCCGGACUGCCUGUAUCGGUCACACAGGAUAUGGUUGUUGUCCAGGAUAAUACUGGCCAACCUCUUUUAUUCGGCAUUGGAAUCGACAAGAGGUUUAACCUCCUCACCAGCGUUUCUGGAGGCUCUUCCAGCGGUUGGGCUACAAAACAUCUAUUGGACAGCUUUCCAGAGUAUGCAACAGCCACAGCUUUCGACGUGGUACAGGAUACUUCAGGCCGUAUUUCUAUUGCAUUCUGUCUCCAGAAAAACAACGAUCCUGGUAUUGACGUUUUCUUUGCGAGCUUACUCUCCAACGACUUGUCUCGCACCGACUUUGGAAAACUCUCAGCUCUCUCCACCAGGGUCUCAGGCCUUGACAAGGUGUUCGUGCCCGAUGCAAUUGGUUUGGGAUCUUCUGACGAUGGAAAUCGCCCGGUGCUUACUGUUGAAGGUUUGACCAACUCUAAGCAUAUCUACUACCAAGUUCAAGCUGGCGAUACGACAGCCCAAAGGCUGGAGCUUCCUGAGCAACUCGAUCCCACCCCACAUAGUCUACUUGCUCACCGAAUGGGCCAUAACUUUGGUCAACGCGCGAACUAUUUCCUCUAUGUAAUUGGCCAGUCCAAGCAUAUUAGCGUGAUUACAACCGCAGAUGCGAACGAAGGUUCACUUGCUUACGACUACAGCCCGGGUAAUAACGAGCUUCCAUCAGCCUUUAGGAGUCUGGAUUACAACACAAUCGAGACAGCCACCAGCCGACCUGAUCCAGUUGAUCCCGCAUCAGACCUGUACAUUGGCGCUAGGACUGGCGUUUACAGAAUCCCGAAUGGCAAAGCGGCAUCCAUGGAGCUCGUCUCAGGCGAUAUUUCUGAUGUGCAUGAGAUCCAGGCAAUUCUUGACGGUGACGACAUCUCACUCUGGGUUACGGCUAGUCCCAACAAGCUCUACUAUAUCUACGGCCAUAGAACCCCUGGAAACAUAUCCGUGGCUUGGAGAACGCCUAUUUUGUUCGCAUCUAAUGUCCUCCAGGUUGCUGCUAUGAGGUCGGCAGUCAAAAAGGCAAACGAGCUGUUUGUGUUGACGCAGGACCAAUCAAUCACGCACUACUGGCAAGAUACUGCUUCCACCAUCUGGAGAAGCAAAGUUGCCGUGAUAAAGAACGACCCUUAUGUCUUGAAUUUUGAUUCCUGCACAUCGCACGUUCAUCUGGAGGCCAAAGGGUUACCACUUAAUGGCCAGAUAGUCAAGGUUACCUCGAGCGAGUGGCAGUAUUGCGUCAUCAACGGUCUGAUGUACUCCUUGGAUGAGGAUGUCGCCGCCGAGAUUCCCACAGAUCCGAUGGGAAAUAUCACUAUCAUUAGCACAGCCGUUGAUAUAAGUCCGCCUGUGUUACACAUACAGAGCGACGCCUUUCUUGAGACCAUCAAUAUAUAUCCUAGUGGAAAGAUACACGCUCACCUACAGUCAAUCACCAGCGGUGACUCGCUCAAGAAUGCCUUGACGCAGGAUGGAAAGCCAGUACUCUCCCAAGACACCUCAGCAGAAACUGCCAACGGGGUGGCAGCGAACGUCAUGACACUACAUUCAGCAGCAGUCCAGAGUUUCCCACCAACCCUUGCCGGAAAUACUUUCGUUUCUAUCGAGAAGCCCAUUCAGCCAUCCCCGAUUGCUAACAAAGCUAGUGCUUCGAAGCUCAAGCAUACAUUGAAUGCGCCCUUAACGGCCAACCAUUUGCCCGAUAAUUUUGCAACGGGACUGCAAUUCAAGCGGGGAACAUGGAAUUUGCACACGCUCCACACUGCGCAGGCUGUCGUCAAGCAGGCCAAAAUGGCCAAAUUUUCACUCGGUGAUUUGACAGAUAUUGCAGGAGACGUGUGGCAUCAUCUCGAAGAACUAGGUGGCGAGAUUAUCAGUGCGGUAGAGAGUGCACCUAUCGUCCUGUCUGAGGGAAUUAAUUUCAUUAUUUCAAAGGCUCAAGGAGUCCUUCAAUUCAUUCUUACGAUUGGGGAUAAGGUCGUGUCAAUCGCGCUGAAGUCUUUUUUGCUGGUUUUCAAAGCCCUCAACUAUAUCCUCAAGCUUGUUGGUAUAGAUAUCUCCAAGCUCCUGGCGUGGCUUGGAAAUCUAUUAGGUUGGGAUCAUAUCUGGAAUACACACAAGAUGAUCGCAUCAACCAUAACAAACUUCCUUGACUUUGCCGAGGCAAACUCCGCAAAAUACAUCGACAUGGCUCGAGUAGCAUCGAAGAGCGUUGCAGAUACCCUCGAGAAGUCACUUAAAGCCAUCAUUCUCCCAGAUAACCUGAAGACGCAAACACCUGCUGCAACUACCAGCCAGGCCAAUUCUAAGGAUGAGUCGACGGCGUGGAACUCUCCUCAGAGCAAUUUCGCCGCGUACCACUUCAUGCACUCGGCUUCGGGCGGUGCAAGUCCUGCGAAAACCGCCGCUCUUGCGACUGUCAAGGCUGUCUCUAGUCCUGGCAACCCUGUCACGCAAAUCUUCAACGAUGUUCUCAAGCCAAUUGCAGAUGUUCUCAUCUCCAAGAUUGGUACGGAUGCCGGAGACGUGCUCGCGCUUGUUCGUAAUCACACCAUGGAUGAUCUACGUCAGCUUGCAUUCGACGUUUCAGACACUAUCAUCUCUGUUUUUGCUACACUUGUCGAUGGUCUCCUGAAACUUAUCGAAGACGUAAUUGGAGACUUCAAGGGCUUAUUGGAAACGGAAUGGAACCUGCCGAUCAUCAGUGACCUUUACGAACUUGUCAGUGAGCUACUCGGAGACGGUGAGAAGUUCUCAAUCGUCAAUGGCAUCUCCUUCCUGGUGGCUAUUCCCAUGGUCGUGGUGACUGAGAUUGCCGGCAUUGGUUCACUCGAACAGCACAACACGUUCGGCAUGGACCAUCCAGGCUUUCCCCAGACUCUUGCCUCGCAGAUGGAUCCUACUCAACGACCCGUCAUCAAAGCGACUUCGCUUUCGACCAAGGGACUGGCGACCAUGAACCUUGACGCUGCUGCCGGUCCUCCUCCAUCCGACCUCGUUACCUACUCCGGCAUCGCCGGCCUCAUAGCCGCAGGACUAGGAAUUUUCGGCAGCAUCGGGGACAUUUUUGACACAAAAUAUGAGAUUGAACUGGAUCGCACCUGGAAAGUCGGACUCAUAAUCGGCCAGGCCGCAUUUGGCUUCCUGAUUCAGGACGAUUCUGAGAAGGAGGGCCAAGACAACUAUCGACCCUGGAUUUGGCGUGUUAUCACCUGGCUCGCGAGCUCCAUCUACGAUGUCAUUGAAGAGUGGAAGGAGAAGUUCACGUUUGGUGCCGACGGGGAUACGAAUCGUGCAAUAGGUCGGGCAGUUCUUGACUUUUUCUGCAUAGUGACCACUCUCGGCGUGGACACGCUUGAGAAGAUUUAUUCGUCGGCUCCUGAGACUCUGUCUUCGGAUCUUGCGUGCAAUCUUGGUGGAUUGGCGUAUGCACUUGGCGAGGCUAACAAAAGCGUAGAGCUCAGUGUUCUCGGGUCAGGGAUGGCUAUCCUUGGUUCGUUCGUUGCAGGUGGCAGUGCCAUGAAGACUCUCAUGAAUGGCGAGAAUAUAUGGCAUGGUAUUCGGAUUGGAGGUUAG